CUGGUGAAACGUAAACGAGACAAGCCUCAAGUCGUUUUUUUUCCUCGAAACAUUCUACCCACUGAUUUCUGCUCCAUUUUCGAUCAUGUUUGCCAAGGUAGAUGCUUCAAGACGUCAAAACAACACUUUAACAGUUUAGAUAAGUCAUUACUUCCUUGCUAAUCAAGUAUAUCUCAGACUUACUAGUGACCGUUUAAGCUAAGAGCUCGGUAACAAAGAGUAACUGUUUGUGCCGGAUAAUCAAGACUUGCACCAAGAGGCACACGAUAAACUAACUGACGGCUGCAUGAACAAAAUGCACCGAUGGCCGAAAGAAGUCCUUUUUGUCUCCUGUAUUUUUGCAGCAACAGGUAUGCGUAAGUGUAUGAUAUAGUAACCUAGUUUGCAUUCAUUCAAUGGAAUUAAUUUGUUCAUUGAAAGCGACCUCAAAUCAUGUGGUUUCGAUCUGUGGUCAAGCUAUCCCAACUAUGCAAUUUGAUAUUUUCAAUUUUGUGUACCAUUAACUGAUAACAAGUUCCUCAAGCAUUCAGCACAAGAGCAAUUCCUAAUUGUAAAGGGGAAGGUAUUAAGUAAGGUCCAAGCGCAUUUUUCACACUGCAUCUAGCCAUCAAGUGCAGCUUCCUCUUUCACUUUGUUUACAUGAAAUUCAGUAAAUCGAAAUGUAAAUGCAAGUAUACCGAAGCAGUAUUUAGGACAGGAGAGGGAAAUUAUCAACAAAAAAAUCAACAACAACAUAUUUAAGUGUAUAAUGCAUUAUCUUUCAAAGAGUCGUCGAUAACAAAUAACCAGAAAAGGAAGAGUCGUGUGUUAUCUUCCUGCAUUCGCGCGUAAUUAAUCUGACUCAUCAUAAGGUGUCCUUUACACUUUACUUUCCUUAACAACAACAACAUGUUAUCUGGUUAAUAAGUAACGUGAAUAGGUAAACUUAUCAGGUAUCAGCCUAGCAGAUAAUAUAUCAAGAAACAUGACUCUAGCUGAACUUAGCUUAUUCACAAGAAAAAGUAUAACAACAAGAGGACAGAAUGUGCAUUAAAUGAGAUAUCUUGAGGUGAAUUAAGCCUCUGACUCAGGCCUCCAACCGCAUCGGGGAAUCCUGGCAAAGGAGCUGAGAAUCAAAGGACUAUAACCCGAGAAAAAGGCUUGAAAUUAAUCGACGAAUAGUGGUUUUAUGAUGCUUUGAGCAACUGAGGAGAGCGAGAGCAUUCACAAACCCUCGCGAAAGCUGGGGUCUCGAGAUUUUGAAAGCGGAGUUUCGAGUUUCUACACAGACUAGUGCCACUGCUUACCAUGUAAUGAGCUUGUUGUGAGAUGUCAGAUUACGAAUUAAGUGCUCUUCCGCUCCAUAAUGUUUAAAUUUUAUGUUGUGACUAUACCGUUUGAAUCAAAACAUUUCUGUUUAGACAAAUAGAUAUUUAGUAAAAGCAUUUUGCUGUAUGGAAAUAUUAUGUCUGAACAUCCGUUUACUAAGUGAAAGUGACCUUUGGGUACAAAAUUCAGUAAACAAAGAAAGUUAUGUCGACUAGUCCAUGUUCGCGACAAAUUUCCUAGCUUUACAACAGAAAGGUGGCUUUCAAACUUGAAACCAUUUUUUAUUUUAUAACUAAGCAAGGUAUCCAACGGAUGCGAAAUAGCUUAAGUUCACCCUGAACUUCACCUCUUCAUUUCUAGGAAAUCGGGAGUUAAUCGAGCAUUACUACUCAGAAAUGUUGAUAGAAUUGCGCACUUAUCACUUUCCAUUUCCUUAUGGAUCGAUGGCCGUUUUAUACUCAAGACGUAUUAUUCCUCUAAAAGAACUUGGGGAAAUAAUAGUAUUUGCAAAUAUGUUAUGCUUCUACUGAAUAGAAAGGUAGUUCAUCUGAACGCAUAAUGCGGCUCUUUGAAGGAGAGACCUGCAUUACGCGUUUAAUACAUCUUGAAGAUGCAAUACAAGGUUAGUCCAUAUGAACGCAUAAUGAAUCUCUUUCUUUAAAGGCGGGCAAAGCACGUUUUAAAAUGAGAUCGUGUAUAAUUAGAAAAAGAGCCACAGUUAUGUGCUUGAAGUAAAUGGGCUCCUUCACGAUUGGUCUUUAAAGUCGCUCAGAAGAAAUUCAAUUGUUUUGUGAUACCCUCAGUCUUUCUUUGAGAGAAGGUUCAUCUCAGAUUUGGUAUUUAUUCAUCAUCCAUUUUCUGUUUCUUAACUCCCCAGGACAUCAUGCUCGUUUCUGUUUCUUUUUGAAAUCAUGGUCUUCGUAGCGACUUCUUUUUCUUUUCCUUUGCCAGAAGACAAUUUCACAACUUCCAACACGGCCGAGACUUCAUUGACCACGGCGACUGUUCGUUUUAAUUUGGCCGCCCAUAAUACUAUGAAUUAUUCGUCUCUCGUAGUUUGUCUUUUUAUGUGUUCCGGCUUGAUAUUAGACGUAUCACAUGAAAAACGCUUUUUCCAAAAAGGCAAAAGCCAAUAAAAUAAUUGUCAUUUCCCAAUUUAUAUUUAAUUGCUGAAUUGUUAAAUAACAGAUCAACUAAUAAUCAAUUGCUGAGCCCGAAAGAUCUUCAACCUAGAUAUAUACCUAAAAAAUAUUACCAGUAUUAGACAAUCAUCCAGAAUCAUUGACUCAAUCAAAAUCAUUGAGGGGGAAUUAUAAGGAUGCUACAGAGCCUUUAUGGGGGAUCAGGUAGAUUUUAUUGUAACGCAACCAAAAUUUUCCCUUCCCUUUCUCCCUUGCGAUAAAUAAUGACCGAUGCCUUGCAAUAUCAUUUACAGGAUCCAUUCAAGCUAUAGUUUAUCCAAGUAUAAUCUCUGCUCCAGAAAAGCCAACAAAAGCCUUCACCGGCCACACUGUGUCAUUAAAGUGGCAUUACAAUUCAGGAGAUCUAAAGAAUGAUCUUUUCGAAGUGGUGUUUGGUAUUUGGAAGAGUCCUGGCUUCCUGAAAACAAAGUUGAUAGCUGUCAACUCAACUGGUUUUGCCUCAACGAGGUCUUCAUAUAAGUCAUCUGUGGGUUGGGCAGGAAAUUUGACAUCCUCUGUCGCAGUGUUUGAACUUUACAAUGUAAAACUAAAAGAUAGCAAGAAGUAUGGAAUUGUGGUGGAAUAUGGUCUCCAGCAUACCCCGUUGACCGACACAGUUCAGCUUCAAGUCAGUAAGUAAUAUCGUUGAAGACAACUCGGAGUAUGUUGGCACUAACUCAAAAUUGUACUUUUGGUUGCUGUCAUUAUGGUUCAUCUGUAGGUUAUAAGACGGAGUCCUCUGAAAAGAGGUACAUGCAUGUCUCUUCAAUGAAGGCACCAAUUGAUAAGGUUAGAGGGUCAUUGUUUUGUUCUGUCGGGAUCAAAGUUAGAGUUCCUUGACCGGAGGGGUCCCUGAAUUAUCAAAAUAAAUCGAUAAAGGUUAUUUCUAGUUACAUUUAGUUACAGUAAGAUUGAUCCAGAUAAAUUUGUUUGCAGCCAUGCCUGAUCUACCGAGAAUCACGAACGUCAGUAAACCGGCGCCGCUCAGGAAAGGACAGAACGUGAACCUUACAUGUAUUGCCCAAGGCUUGUCUCCUGUUCAAGUCAUGUGGAAAAGAAAUGACAAAGUAUUAGUCAGCGGUACUUCUAAAGCCAUAUUGACCCUAAGAAAUAUUACAGCUGAGGACUGCGGCGAUUACGUUUCUGUCGCUAAAAACACCGCCGGAGAAGAUACUAGGACUGUUAUCCUACUAGGUAAAUGGUUUCCCAUACGCUUGCCAGACAAAGUUUCUUAAGGUGAUUCCUCAAUAAAAAAAGUUAUCGCACAAUUUUUUUAAACUUUAGAUAAGUCACCGUGCUUGUUUAGGAGAUAUAUGCGUCAGGUACUGGCACUAAUCACACGCGUCAUUUCACAGGUUUAUGGUAUAUAUGGUGCAGCUGGAAGGAAGGGUUUUCAAAGUAACACGUAAAAAAAACUUGAUAGGUAGAAAUUCUCAAGCGUAUGGAACAAUUUGGUUCAUAAUUUGUGGGAAAAUCACGCAAAUUUAAACGAUAUUGACUCAAAACGUUCCACGAGUCGUUCCUUUCGAGUUCAUGAUUUGUAUUGGGCUUCGAGCACGCUUUUAGCUUUAUCUUUUUUCCGUUCGAAGCUUAUUUUUUAAUUUCCCUAAUUUAAAGGGGAUAAUUUUUUCAUCAAAAUUAUGCAAUAAAAAUAUAGGUCACCUUCCUCAUUCAAGAGCUGAAGACCAUCGUACCUCUUUAAAUAUACCGUGUUCUCGGAAUGCGCGCGCGCUCAUUCCCCUAAUUACAUGAUUCUUAUGCGCAACACAGGAUGCGCAGUGCAAUACUGAGGAAUCACCUUAGGAUGAUGCUCCGAGCGUUAGCCCUUCGUCAGAGCCCUUCGUUCUGACUCUCGAAAGGUCAGCUUCAGAAACUCCUUAUACGAUGGCCAAUUAAUACGGCAUUAUCAACUCAAUUGAUGAAACCAAAUUAUAUUGUCAAAUCCCUAACUGACGCAGCACUACAGUUUCUUUAGGAACUUACCCCCUUUAACGCAAGGCAAACCGACUACCACUGGUCUCGUUGGUCCUUCUAGCAGAUCACAUAGAUAGUCAAAGAAUUUCCCCAUAAAUCAUUCUUGUUAUGUCAGUUUUGCAUUGCGUUCAAUGCUCAAAUAUGGAUCCUAAAAUUCCUUCUCAUUGAUUACCUGACGAGCUAAUGAAUACAACUUUGACCGUUGCCCUUCAUUCUAUUUCCCCUGGAAUUCCUCUUAAAAAACUAAUUUUCCUGCUUGGUACAGUACUUCCGGAAAGCCCAACUAUACUGAAUUCAGACAAAAUAGUGACCAGUCCCAACUGGACGCUACGAUGGUCAGCGGUUGAAAGUGAAGGAGAGCUGCAGAUGACGUAUACAGUUUGGCAAAAACGUGAUAGUGAAGAAUCAUGGCAACUGGAAAAUGUUACAAGAAACAUAUUUCACUUUGGACUUGAGGAUAAUACAUCUUACUCGUUCGUGGUGAAAGCUUGGAACAAAUGUGGAGAGAGUAUGUUGGACAGAGACAAAAUGCUGAACAUAUCCACCGACUUUGAAAACAAAGUUACAGAUGGAUAUCGCGUCAUAUCUCGCGAAACAGUUCCAACAGAAAACAUGGUUCCGACAGGUAAGAAAAUGGUUAAAAAAAAUCAUCAUUACUGCCCUAUAUGUUUCUUCUUAGUCAGUUUAUUUUCGGUCAAUAGGUCACAUAAAAGUUUGCAGGUACAUGGUAGCUGCCAUUAGACUCAAUUUUGCUCAUAGGCGUAAUUGUGUACCUGAACGUUUCAUGGUUAUCGUAGACAAAAUGCCACAUAAACAUGAAUGACUUUAAAGCCCAGAAAUUGGGUUGUUUUGUAGGUGAAUGUAGAGAGAGACUACGUGACUGAAUCUUCUUGGCCAAGAGCAUAAAGCUGGGGAGGGGAAGAGGCACAAAGUAAUGACCGCGAUUUGGCUCAAAACAAUGGACAUGCCAAUCUAGUGAACCAAUCAAAACCUCACCCCAUUUCCUAGAUGUUAACUGUUUUAAAUUUCAUUCGACAGAGACUGAGACUACACUGACUCCAUUCUCCCGCAGCGGACAAAUAGACGUCGAGUCCUCGUGGAAAAUUGAAUUCAUCGUUUUAAUAGUAGUGGGCAUCAUAAUUUUAAUGUUAAGUGCAAUUGUGGUUGUGCGAAAAAAAAUUAUCCAAGACAAAGAAGAUGGUCAAAGUAAGUAACUUAAAGCGUGCCCUUUGAUUGAAUGUCGUAAGACAAAAGCUGUAAUACAUGUUAUAACAGAGGCUAAUCAGGAAAAAGGAUAACUUUUGUAUUCAUAUGAAAUGGAGUCAACUAGAGUUCAAAACAAAAACAGGCAAAUUGCCUCUAAAGCAAGAAAACACAAUUCAUUCGAGCCGCCAUUGGUUUUAGUUUUGCAUCUGAUUGGUUGGGGAGUUAUUUUAGAACAAUCGCAGAGCAGAGUGAAGUAAACCAUUACAAUUUAGAUAUUUUUUAAACAAUGUAUGCCUUAUAAAUCAGUUACAGAUAGCUUAACCAUCAAUGAUGAAGAAGACGAGGAUAAAGCUUUCAGUCUUUUGAAGACGUGAAACCAUGUUAGAGUCAAAGGGAACGAAAAAUCUUCGUUAAAAAGAGUAACAAUUUUUCUAUUUUUCUCUCCAAAACUCCAUAGGAUCCCAAGAUUUGUGGAACGGAGGGUAAGUAUUCAGUGGCGAAUUAAUCUUUACGAGGCAUUGUUUCAAUAUCUUUCUUUCUCCUAUCAACGGGAAACUGAAGAAAUUUAAUCAUAUUUAAUCAUAUGAUAUUCAGCUUUUUUUAACUUUGUAGAUUCGCUUGAAAAAGUUGAAGUUCAUCGAGCUAGACAUCAAAAAAUAUACGUAUUAAUAAUGGUAAUAGGACCGUAUGGAGUCCAAUUCGGUCUGUAAUCAUACGAGUGAUUAACAAAAUCGGACGACCGCGAAGCGGAGUCCGAUUGGUUUAUCACGAGUAUGAUUACUGACAGAAUUUGACGACAAGAAAUCCUGUUACCAAUUAAUCAUAACCAUUUCAAUUUCCGAAAAAAAAUACACCUUCAACAAAUAUCUCCAGUGGAGACAAUGUCUUUAGUUAAAUAUUCCUCCAUUUUGGAAAUUGCCUCGUUUUUCUUUGGAUAAGUGGUUGUUGCUAUGGUUAUUGUGAUCAAUUCUGUGAUUGGUGGAUUUAGCUGACUGGACCUAGUAUGAUUAGCUGCUUCAACUGUCCAAUUACAGGUGUCCGAUUACAGCCAACUAUCCGAUUACACUGUCCGAUUACAACUGUACAUAAUGAUAAGGGGAAAAUGAAGCAGCUGAUGCACCAAUCACAUUUGGGGAAAUUGUAGUGGUUAUGAUUAAACACUGUAUAAAUCAAUGUUAUUUUUUCAUUGAUUAGGAUAAAUACUCGAAUUGAACCAAAAGUUACGUCCGGUCGAUGAGUUGAUAAACAACAAAAAUAUAGAUUUUCAUAAUUUGAUAUGGAUUGCUUUUUCAGGUUAACCACAUUGUUUUCAAAUUUACAAGUAAAUUCUGCCUUUGAUCAGGUGGGGAAAGAAUAAUCUGUAUGGUAUCUUUUAGUGUAUACUGAAACAGCUCAAGGCAUUCAAGGCGCGCUCUGAUUGGCUACUUAAACGCCGAACAUCCCUUGCUAUUCACCUCUGAGCAACUCGCAGGGGAUUUAGGUCCAAAUUAUCGUAAUCGUUAAAGGAAUAAAUAACUUAAGAUCAUCUUUUUGUGCUAUUUAGUAUUUACUUAAACAACUAUCCACCUCAGAGUCGGUGGUUAAAGAGGAUAAUUACCUCGCCGCUUCGCGGCUUGGUGAACAUCCACCACCAGCAUUCAUCUACCACAAAACGUUAUCUACUACGGUGAAGAGUUAUAAGCUACCGUUGGUUUAAUUCAAAGAUUGCUUCACUAUUACUAUUUCCAGUUGUUCUCAUUGCCACAAAAAAAAGGUCGAAUGCUUCAUGAUAGUUUGGUUUAGUCACCUGAGUUGAUAAUGCGAAUUAGCCACCAUGAAGAGAUUAAGGUCAGCUUUGUUGGAAUGGCAUCCUGAAAUUCAGUUCAUGCCAAGAACAAAAACCGAUUCAUACAUUGAUCGACUCACCACAAGUACCACCCAGUCCUGAAAAAUUGAAGAAUAAGAAUUGCCUCACUGAAAUAUUCUCUUUUACCCUUGACGUAACCUCAUCGCCUCCAGAGACCUAAGUAUCUAACCUCUAACAAAACCAAUUUAUUGAAUGAUUUGUUUGCAGGCUCAUGAGAGUUCUACAGAAACAAAACCAGUGACGACAGUGGUGACUUCACUGGGACUUUCAAAAUCCUCGCUGACGAGAGAACAACCAGUAUCAGCAAUAGUGGCUAACACUGAGGAAGGAACAGGAGAGACGCCCGAGAUGAGCUCCGUUGCUGCUGCAUGCUCCUCUGGUCAGCAGGUCAUGUCCUUAACGACGUUUUCCUCACGUGAAAAUUAUGAGGGUUCUUCAGAAAGAGAACCAGUUACGACAGUGUUGACUUCACUGGGUCUUGCACAAUCCUCGUUGACGAGAGAACAACCAGUAUCAGCAAUAGUGGCUAACACUGGGGAAGAAACAAGAGAGAGACCUGAGAUGAGCUCCGUUGCUGCUGCAUGCUCAUGUGGUCAGCAGGUCAUGUCUUUUACGACGUGUUCUUCACGUGAAAAUUAUGAGGCGUUGCACAACUCCACUAAAGUGAACGCCCAAGUUGCAGCAGCUCCAAAUGCAGGGAAUGAAAAAAUUGUCCAAGUUCAAGAGGAAACAGUCCGACGUCCUGACACGUUCAGAGAGAACAAACCUCCAAAUAACACAACUCAAGGAGUGAAUCAUUCAGAAGAUUACCUGCAACCGGUGGAGCACUUACACUUACAAGCUGCGUUUCAAAACGGAAAUAGUUCCCGAUGUUGUCGUGGAAAGAUACAAACCUUGCCCCAAGGUCGUCCUGUACCUAAGCCCAGAGGAAAAUUGUCCACGUUUGCGGGAAUGACGUCAAAUUCACGCAGGCAAGGGGUUCAACAACGUGCAGAUGUCGAACGAGUUAACCAAUCAAGGUUCUGCACUCCUCAUCCAAGAGUUCUACAAGGAGAACACAGUUAUCUGAAUGAUAGAUGUGCAGCAACCCCGUAUGAGAGCCCAAGUUAUCCACAAUCAGUUUUACCUUCUACUUCCAGGAGGGAGUCACCAUACACGAAAGUGCAGAACAACACCAACUGGGAAGUGCCCGGCGAACGCUUGAGACUAUUUAAAAGGAUCGGCGGUGGAACAUUCGGUCAAGUGUGGGAAGGUGCUGUAUUGGAUGUGCGUAAUACUCAAGGCUGGUCUAUUGUAGCUGUUAAAAUGCUAAAGGGUACGUGCUACUGCUAACAAAAUAUAAAAAUGCCUAUAAAUCCGUACUUACUAUCGACAGCUUUUAAGGCGAAAGGACGGAGCACUAAAUCUAAUACCUCAUAUAAUUCUCUCAGAGGUGUUUGCAUGCACUGCUAAAAAUCUUAGAUUCGUAAAUGAUAUUUUCUUUGAGAUAACUAAUCUAGGACUGGGAAACGUCACAUAAUCAUGCAGCUUCUAAUUUCGCUAUCUCUUACACACACAAAAAACACGUUAUUAUUUAAAACCAAAGAGGUAAUGUUACAUUAAAAGUGCUUAAAAUUUAAGAUUCAUCUUCGUUCUCUAAUGAGUGAGGAAUUAGUAGCAUGUGCUGCUGGAUCACCAGUAACAAGAAUUGAUAAAGGCACAUUGUAAUGCAAGCAGUACUUCUUCAAAAAGAAGGAAAGAGUUUUGUGUCGUAUCAAUAAGUUAUUGAGGAAGUCGCAACUCAAUCAGAAAAACUCUUCAUUUUUGUGUAAGGAUAAGCUACGUAGUAAAAGCCUCAAACCAAAAACUUUGAAAAGAAAAAUUCUUUGGACCAAGUUUUCUGGAGGAGCGAAUGAACAAGAUUAAGUUAGAAAUACUGUAACUAAAGUUCUCGUGACAUUCGCUGUUGCAGAAAAUUCCUCGAAGUCGGAUCGAAUGGAUUUGUUGUCAGAGCUGGACUUGUUGAAGAAACUUAAACCCCAUCCUAACGUGAUACAAUUGUUGGGCUGCUUGACAAAAGACAUACUCCGAUGUAAAGGAGGGCGUGAAUUUAGUGAGUCGGAUUAUUUCUAUCCUAUAUGCGAGAAGUAAAGAUAUAGUCGGGAAGGGAAAAGUCUGUCUUUGUUAUAUCAAAACUGAAAAACAUGCACCCUGAAGAGAUUUGAUUUCUUUGUUUGCUAUUGUUGCUUGUUUGUAUGUUUGUUUGUUGGUUUUUUCAUAAUCACACCCCGAUUGCGUUCUUCGACGGGACGAGGAGUCUGGGACAGUCGCUUUUACUUCAGAAAUUGUUGUCUCAAAAACCAGAGCUGAUCGGAAAUAAAAAAAUAAAUUGUAUUAGCGGCUAAAUGCAGUUAUUUGAUGGCUAGAGUAGGAAAAUAAUCGAUCUUUCUCUGUGUCAGAAUGCCAUUGUAUAACUUCGACUCCAAGGAUUCAUUUUCUUUGCAUAUUCAGGGCCGCCUCUUGUUAUUCUGGAGUUUGUCCCUCAUGGUGAUCUCCUUGGAUAUCUAAAGAAAAGUAGAGGCGAGACAGAUGACUACUACGACGUUGAAUGUGCAGAAACUUCAUUGAAAAUACCAACCGAACAACUUUACAAAUUCGCUUGUGAUAUUGCCCGGGGAAUGGCGUUCAUAUCUGCUCAUCAGGUGUGGUAUUUCACUUAAUCUGUUCCAUUCUCAUCACACGUGAUAUAUUUAACAAUUACUCAGCGAUAUAUUUAACGAUUAAAUAUCAAGCCACUGCCACUAAGGUGAAAAGUUUUGUAAGUAUAUACUAAAAUACUUAGAUAACAUAGCACAAAAAGAUGAUUUUAUCUAAUUUAUUCCUGCAACGAUUACGAUAUUUUCGGGCUCAAAUCCCGCGCGAGUUGUUCAGAGGUGAAUAGCAAAGGAUAUUUGGAGUUUGCGUAGCCAAUCAGAAAGCGUCCUUAACACCAUCCACUGUUUAGUAUAUAUUAAACUCGAGUGUACACUUCGUCCAUAAGCGAUAUUUCAAUUUUUUUAUACUUCUAACUUUCAUACUACCAGACAUUUCAUUCUCAUGUUAAGAACGCUUGAGAGGAAACUAACUAAACAUGGACAAACACAAAGUUAAGAAUUAAGAAUAAGAGGUGCAAGUCUUUGUCAAAAUUAAAAAUACAACAUUUCAAACUGAAUUGAGAAAACCUUCGUGAAAUUCAGUUCUCAAGGAAUGACGAUAAUUCAAAACGAUAGUGUUGAGAAAUUUACUACACGAGGUUAAACACUGGGCGAAAUAUUAUUUAUCAAAUUGUUUGUUCACUCGUAGUUCGUUCACCGAGACUUAGCAGCGAGGAACGUGUUGGUUGGCGAGGGUCUGCGCUGUAAAAUCACUGACUUUGGAAUGGCAAGAGAUCUUGGCAAAGAUAAAAUUUAUGUCAGGAGGUCGAAUGUAAGUAAGCAUGUACCCACUUACAGGUACGGUGAGUGCGUACUGCUCCCCCCAACCCCUCCUUUCCGCGACCUUUCAAAUUCGUUACUUCUCAGACUUGAUCACAUUGAUCCUAGUAUCUCAAACUUUUGGAACUUAGAAAUUUAUUGACAACUGAACUUACAGAACACUCAUUCUGGCUCUAUACCGAAAGUGAUUAAAUGUUCAUUGCGUUAUUUCAUAGGGAGUUAUACCAGUGAAGUGGAUGGCAGUUGAAUCACUAACAAAACAAGUUUUUACCACAGAAAGUGAUGUGUAAGUUGAUUGAUGAGCUUGAAGUAAAAGUGAUAACACUUUCCCAAAGGAAUAUUAACUCAGCGCCCUUUUUAAGAAUUCAAUCUCUCUUUAGCGUGAAAUCAAAUCUUCAUGUUUCUCCUCCGAUGUUUCCUGCUGAACAGUAACCUGAUCAUGUAAGAAAGCGAGAAAAGUUCAUUGUAUGGGAUAGAUUUUUCGAUGGUCUACAUUACAAGAGACUCUUCGCAAACCAAAAAUAGUGAUAAUCAUCUGAGACAGAUAGCGGUAAUACAAUAUACAUAUAAUUUUUUUCCUUUUUGUCUUUCCUUUUUUUUCAGGUGGAGUUAUGGCAUCGUCCUACAUGAGAUAUUCACACUCGGUAAAUGAAAUUUUUUCAGGUUUUUGGGAGACUUGGGGUUAUUUGGACUCCAAUUUCAAACGUCGUCAUAUUUUUUUUUCGGAGUAAAAACCGUGAGAUGGCGGAGAAAGCCUGAGGAGAACACGAUAUCAGCCUAACUAAGUCACUUCUUGUCGAGGAGGCCUGACAAUCACCCGUGUGCUGAUUAUAGACCGUUAAACUGGAAUUUCAAGUGCGAUCGUGGGGGGCUGCUAUCGAACCUGCAAACAGAAAGUAUCAUUGUAAUCAUUCGGGUGUGGGUAGUCCUGGAAAGAACAAUGCGAGCGAAAGUCAUCAUCAGAGGUCUCUGUGACGGAGAUUCGAGGAUGUUGAUAAGUCAACCAUUGUCACUGACAACAAUCCUUUUCAGAACUACUAUAAUCCGGACGUGUAGACUACACAAUCAACUGCUGAUUUCAAACCUUUCACUCUACUGAAAAGAAAAUUUGCAAGUCUGUUACUACUUAGUACUAUCUUUUCUACAGAAUCUUUUUCUUCAGCUUUCUGGGAGUUGACAUCUUCGCAAGCAUACAAACUAGUAUUUUUUUUCUGAGUCAAAUACGCAGUAUUUUUUAUCUUUGCAGGGGGGAACCCUUACGAUGGAAUGAGCGGACAAGAAGUAUUUACAUACGUGUCGCAUGGUCAUAAAUUGCGAAGGUCGUCAGGCGUGAGCCGAGAAUUGUACGUAGAAUCACGUUCCAGCUAAAUUCACACUUAUGAAUAUGCCUCACUUAUGAAUAGGCCUAUUCAUAAGUGAGGCCCAGAACCCUUUUGGAUUAAUAAUAAUUAAUAAAUAAUUAUAACGGCUGAUCAGAAGAAAGAAAAUGUCUCAAAGAGCCAAUCAGACUAUAAAUUAAAAACGAACAAACUGCCCAAAGCGCGGGAAAACGCGGGUGAUCAAUUCGUGAUUGCUUUCAGUUUUGUAUUUGAUUGGUUGAGAGAUGCGUAAGUUUUCUGAACCAAACAAAUGGCAAAAUAAAGCAAAACCAAUACAAUCCGGAUAACUUUCGACAAUCAGUUGAAAAUUGCUGCAUUAAAAGCUAUAGUUGAUUAAGUGCGUUGCAUAUAUGGAAAUAAUGCUCCAAAAGGUUCUACUGACCUGAGGAAUGUAUUUUUAUUUUACCUUGCGCUCGUAUUAUUGAGGCUCAUUGCCACACAUGUCAUUAAAACACCGGAUUUUUGACCCAACAGUUCAAAUCGUCAUAAUAUUUGUUUUUUUAACAAGUCGCUGGUUAUAUCGAGUUUUGGUGAGUAAAGACUGACUCAUGACUUCACAGAUAUCUUUAAUUGGUUACGUUUGUGUUUACAUUGUAAAUCACAAAUUCCCCUGAAUUUAUAGCCGUUUUGACAGUUGGAUUUUGGGUUUUACCCCGCGAAAACUGAUCAAAUUGAUCAUUAAAGCAGAAAAAGGUAAUGUUUCUACAUUCAUUCGGACAACUUGUUAUCUUAACAAAAUGAUCCUUGAUUCCCACAGGUAUAAAUUGAUGCUUCAGUGCUGGGACCAAGAGCCAUCUAGGCGACCGACAUUCGAAUCAAUUACGUCGUGGAUGGAAAAUUUAGCGCAUCCUCACUGUACAGUAAGUCGGAAUACCUCCCAAAUUAUAAGCUGGGCGUAAUGUAUAUCAAUGAACUUUUACCUACUAACAAGGUUGGAACAGAAAAUACUUCAAUACCAACAGGGAAUGGAAGUCUUGAUAAAUUUUUCUGGCUUUAAAUUACCAUGUUAGCAAGAGAAGAUAAUCCUUUCUUGAUGUUAAUCGCGGUUCAAGGUUUUUCCUUUAGUUACGUUAUCCAGCAAAGAGGUCGGAAUCAAUUAUUGUCUAUAUUUUUACAUCACAGAAUCGAUACAAAUAACAAUUCCUAGGUUGGACGGCAUUCAUAUAGUAAUGUUUAUGUUUGUUUUAUAGCUGUACAAAAAAUAGGAAGAUUUUAAGUAUAUUAUUAUAUGAAGAACUUUAUUUCUAAGUUAAAUACGG